AUGGCCUCCUCAGGCCCAACACCGCGAGGAGACCUGGCCGCGAACGAGAAAGUCGACCUUGCCGAUUCCGCAGGCAUGCCUCAAGAUCCAGAUGAGGUCCCGCACGAUUACGAUCUGCAGCAAAAACAGCUGCGCCAAAAGAUGGACAUUCGUAUCCUUCCCAUCCUGUUCAUCCUUCUCAUCCUCAAUUAUCUGGACCGCAACGCCCUCGCUCUCGCGCGCGUGCAAGGCAUUGAAGCCGACCUUGGCAUGGCAGGUCGGAAUUUCAACACAGCCAUUUCAGUGCUCUUCGUUGGCUAUAUCAUUGGUCAGGUUCCCAGCAACCUUGCUCUCACCCGUGCGCGUCCCAGCCUGUACAUACCCGGCUUUGCCGUUCUGUGGGGUGCGGUCAGCGCGACAACCGCUGCUGCGAACAGCUUUGGACAUCUCGUGGCCAUCCGUUUCUUCUUGGGUGUCUGCGAGGCCCCGUUCUUUCCGGGAAUCCUUUUCUUCCUCAGCUCUUGGUAUACUAAACAAGAGUUGGCCCUUCGUGUCUCAGUGUUGUACACUGGGGCCCAUCUGUCUGGGGCGUUUGCUGGCCUCAUAGCAGCGGGUAUUCAAAGUGGAAUGGACGGCCUCCAUGGCCUGGAAUCCUGGAGGUGGCUCUUCAUCAUCGAGGGCUGUAUCACGGUGUUUGCGGGUUUCUUGGCCAUAAUCAUCCUCCCUGACUACCCCAAGACCGACAAUGAGAAACGAAUCGCUUCCCUACGUCUCCAACGGGACGUGGGAGUGUACGAUGAGGAAACAUUGUCCGUUUGGGGUUCUGUCAAGGAAGGUGCUGGAGACUACAAACUCUGGCUCAUGGGCUUGAUCUAUGCCGCAAUGACCACUGCUGGAGGCUAUACAUCAUUUGUGCCGACUGUGGUCAAGACGUUCGGCAUGUCUAACGUUAAGACACUCUUACUUACUGCUCCCCCAUAUUUGGUGCCCGCAUUUUCGGAGCUCAUAGUCUCCUUCUCCUCUGAUCGCCGUCCGGAGCGAUGCUUCCACUACACUACCCCCAUGCUCCUUGGUAUCACAGGGUUCAUCGUCGCAGCUACCACUCAUUCUACGGCACCGCGUUACUUUUCCAUUUUCCUCAUGACUGGUGGGAUGAGCAGCAGCUUCACAGUGUUGCUUGCUUGGGUCGGGUCGACCUUUGCUCGCCCACGCACGAAGCGGGCCUUUGCGUUCGGGACAGUCAACACCUUAGGAAAUUUGGCUCAAAUCUGGAGUCCAUACUUGUACCCCUCCAGCGACGGUCCACAAUACGUCAAGGCCUUCAGUGUCAACGCUGCCUGCACUGCACUUGCCAUCUGUUUAAGUCUUAUUCUCAGGAUGUGUUUGAAGCGAGAAAACGCGAAACUGGCUGCCAGCGAGGUGGCUGAUGGUAGAAAACGCACCCGCCCGUGA